AUGUCAAGUGCUAAAAAAAUUUUUGAUUCAAUAUUUUCAAAAAAGACUUUGAAAUACAUGUGUACAACUCAUUUUUGGGGACCAGUAUCUAAUUUUGGUAUACCAAUAGCAGCAGUAAUGGAUUUAAAGAAAAAUCCAGAAUUAAUUUCAGGUCCAAUGACCGGUUCGUUAAUUUUAUAUUCAUUAGUAUUUAUGAAAUAUGCUGUAGCUGUAACUCCAAAAAAUUAUUUAUUAUUUGGUUGUCAUUUUGUAAAUGAAAUUGCUCAAUUAACUCAAGGUUUUAGAUGGGUUAAAUUUCAUUAUAGUGAGGAUAAAAAGAAAGAAGCCAGUGCCGUUACUGCUUAA